AUGCGGACUGCAUACUGCCUCAUGCUCCAGUCCCUGGGAGCUUCUCUCGCAGCAACGGUUCCCGCGACAUCACUGUUGACCCUGUACAACGGUGCAAACAUCAACCUGACGCUCCCUCCCAACUCUGCGCUUCUCUCCAACCCAAGUCUUCCCAGUGAACUCGGCGUCCCCGCCCCAGCAGCACCCUACUACAUAGAAGAAGGCCGCGCCUUCCUCAAAUUCUACGACUACGGCGCCGCUCUCCCGCCCGCGCCCGCGCAGGAACUCCUGCGGACGGCCUCGGAUGCCAUCACGCACGGGCACGGGGUCGACUCCUACAGGAAAGUAGGUCGGGAGGUUAUAUAUUCGCAAACAUUGGACGCGGGAGCGGGGGUUUUGUGGUUGUCGGUGGAGCCGGAGGCGAAUAUGACGUGGGGGGAGUUUGAAACUGCGGUGAUGGGGGCCGGGAGGUUCUUGAGACGUUGGGAUAAUGUGGAGUUUGCCGUUGAUGUGGAGAUGAGGAUGGAGGCGGGGGGCAAGGUGGGGACGGUGUAUCUGAGUCGGUAUUGA